CUGAGAUUUGCAUUUACAUUUUACAAUGAAGUGAAGACUUAGUGAAAGACUUUGUUUAAAAAAUAUCUUUAAACAUAAAGUUUUAUAUCAAUUUAAACAAUGUCCAACAAGGCAAUGAAAAGCAACACCUCUGGACUUUCGAUUGGAAAGAUUUAUCUUCUUGUCUAUAACGCCGCUCAAACUCUUGGAUGGUCUUACAUGCUAUGGCAGUCAUUAGUACAUUUUUUGAACCGUGGUACUUUGGAUGCUUUUUGGAGUGAGAUCAAGUGGACUGUCAUUAUAUUUCAAAAUGCUGCUGUAUUAGAGAUUUUACACGCUGCUGUAGGCUUAGUUCCAUCUAGUGUAUUUGUAGUUCUUAUGCAAGUGUAUUCAAGAGUGUUUCUGGUAUGUGGAGCUUUACUGGCAACACAAGGAGCGACUACAAGUCCAGGGUUGCCUCUGUGUAUACUCGCCUGGUCGAUAACUGAAAUCAUAAGAUAUGCCUACUACGCUCUCAAUCUGGUCGAUAUUGUACCCUCAUCGCUGACGUUUUUGAGGUAUUCCACGUUUCUCGUGAUGUAUCCCCUCGGUAUUACUGGAGAGCUGCUCUGCAUGUACCACUCAUUGGAUGAAAUCUUCGAGAAAAAACUUUUCACCAUCUCAAUGCCGAAUGCUUGGAAUUUCGCGUUUAACUAUUACUAUUUUCUAAUUUUCUACAUGUUCUUGUAUAUCCCAUUGUUCCCAGUACUGUUUGGUCAUAUGUUAUCGCAGAGAAGAAAAAUGCUCGGUAAAGAACAGAAAAAAUCGAAAUCGAAUUAACUUGUAACAUUAUUAUUAAUGUGGACUGGUGUGGGCUGAUAAAAUAGAAAAAAAAAAUUAAAAUAAAGAAGAAGUAUUUUUGUAAAGUUUAGACAUAUAAAUUUUUAAACUUCGUUUUUAAAACUCUUAAUUUACAUUUUAAUAAGCUGUCGUCAGGUACUAGUUUACAGCUAAAUUACAAUUUACAGAGAUUAAUUAAACUUUCACAGAUUAAUUAAUAAUUUCAUUGCGAAUUUCGGAGUCUUGUCGGGCAAGCGUGAACGAAUGCGCAAGCGUGAAAAUGCACUAAAGCUACUAUUUAACAUCUACCUAGUUUCGCCACGCCUAUGGAUGCCAGUUUUAAAUGAAUCUAUCUUUAGAAAGAGCUUAGUUUAGGAGUAAAUUACUUCACUUCCCAAGUAUGUUCACGCUACAUUUGACAGAAUGUCUG